AUGAUUGAUGAUGCAACACCGCUGUCACUUCGGACGAGACUACUAGGCAGAGCUGAUAAGCCCAGGCUGCGAUUCAAGAAUAGGCAAGCUGGACGCAAACCUUCUAAAGUGCAGACAGUGAAGAACGCCUCACAUUCAAUUUCAGUACUGUUCGCAAAUACAAAGCAGUACAAAUUAGAGAGCGGCAAUAAGGAUAAUCUUGCAGUACUUGCACCUAAAAACUUGGAACUCACAGUCUUUAGACUCUGGGACAAGAUGCAGGAGCCAGUAGGUCUAGUCGCUAGCAUUGUCUCGCUACUCAACAUUGAAAAGACUUUCCCUGCUCCUAAGGCAAUGGAUCGUAGGUUCGUCCAGAAGCUCCAUGAUGGAUUCUUUGUUGGAAAACAGGUUGCCGUGGCUAGAAUGAAGUUUUCUGCUGGGCUUAGGCGGAAGCCGAAUUCGCUAGUGGCCGUGCAAAAUCCGACACUAUCUUUUCCAAUAUUCUCAGUCAGCUUUGCAUUUUUAUCGAAACUUCGUCUGAACUGGAAGACUGCUCGUGAAGCGAGUCAGAGGGUCCAGUACGUGCAUACGAAAGCUACUAGUUUCUGUCGUAUAGAGUGGAGUAGGGUGGGAAGUGGGGAGGAAGAUUUUAUAAGUGGGUUGGAGUGGAUUUGGAGUGGAUUUGGGUUUGGGAUGAUGAACAAAGUCGGCCGAGGACACGAAGAGGGCACUUUGCUCACAUUCAUUGAUAUGUAUUAUUGA